AUGGCGACUCAUACACCCAUGAUACUAUCUAUCUCCACCAAGCCCCAGAAUGGCACUGCCACCGUGCCAGGGCUUGGCCUUACGCCUCCAGUAACCCCGACCUCAGACGACUGCAACCCCUCGGAAGCUUGCGCAGGCAGCUCCACGUCGCAUGCUGUGGCGGACUCGAGUCCCCCGCAGUUUUCUGAUGAGCUGGAAUACCAGCGCGACGAGAAAGGUCGCCCCAUCUCAUUUGGUAGCGGUGCUUGGAGCGUCGUCUACAAGGCCUUCGCCUCGCCUCGUGCGAGUAACCCUACUCGCCCAAUUACGCCCCCAGGCUCACCCGCCCCGGCGGGUCGCUUGGUGGCUGUCAAAACGCCAGGCAGAGGAGAUGCGCGGCAUAUUCUGCACGCAGAAGCCGUCACCCUCACUCGCGCCAGCUCUGUACCCGACUCAGAGCAUUACAUUGUACCAUUCCACGGCUACAUCACGGACUCUGCUUCCAUCGUCAUGCCGGCAAUUCCUCUAUCUUUAUCCACCUAUAUUGAAGACAAGGCACUCCUCGCCCGCCAAAACUUCAGCACAAGAACCAUGCUUGAUCCCGUCCUAGGGCCAGCCCAGUGGUAUGACCUCGCCAAGAAGCUCAUUACCGGUUUAUCAUGGCUCCAUUCCAACGCACAAAUCGUGCACGGCGACAUCAAGCCACAUAACAUCCUCCUCCAGCCGCGUACGUCCCUCGACAACGACAUGGACCCGGCAGAGUUCCCGUAUGAACCACUACUUGCCGACUUCUCAUCCUCCUACUCAAUCACUGCCUCGAAAAAACCAACAGGCACUGCUCUCUCAGCCGUCACACCCCCCUUCACGGCUCCGGAACUUCUUCGCAACCUAUCCUCGCCAGAUGCCAUCCCCACCCCGGCGUCAGACGUCUUCUCCCUCGCCGUCACCCUCCUCGCUGCUGCAACAGGCGAUCUCCUCAUCUACUCCGGCUUCAAUGGCCCCCAGCGUCUGAUGCGCGCAAAGGACGGUCACCUCGUCAUCGACUUCGCCCGGUCCGGCAACAACGGCUCGCGCGUCCCUAAGAACGGAACAGUCGAGAAUAUCAUCAAGCCUGCCAUCGCUAAGGACCCCGCUGAGAGGGUAGUCCCUAGUGCGUGGCUGAAACUGGCUGAGUCUGUUGGGGCGUAG